CGUGAUCGUGUUACGACUGUUGUUGCGGAUGGUCCAGACGGGUUUGUUAUUUUGCAAUACUAAAUCAUGCAUUAAUUACAACAGGGAGCGUAUACACUUACAUCAACAAUAUGUGGGUUAUGUGCUGUUGUUAUUAAGAUGAAAAAGUGCUAGUUCGUCGCGCUUCUCAAAUAACUUACGCCAGAUACCUGUGAGACACACAUACCUUAUUUUAGUCCACAAACAGACCGAAAGUCGACAUGGGUUCAUCAAAGAAACACAAAGAGAAGGAGAAGGAACGGGAUCCAGAGGAUCGGCACCGCGAGCACAAGAAACACCGACACAAGGAUCGAGAUAAGGAGAAGGACAGAGAGCGAGAGAAGAGAAAGCGAUCCCGCUCCAGAGAGAGAAGCAGCCGUGGCACAGAGAAAGAGAGCCGCGGUAAAGCCGAAAAGAGCAAUGGAGAGCCACGGGUCAAGAAGGAGAAAGCUGAUGCGACCUACGAGGAAAGCGGUGAGCCUGGUCCUAAAUCCGCAAGUGGUGAUGCUUCACUUAGCAUCGAAGAGACCAAUAAGCUAAGGGCCAAGCUAGGUUUGAAACCCCUGGAGCUCAAUGAAUCCAAGAAAGAAACGGGAACUAAAGAAGAACCUUUGGUGGCUCAGACCAUUAACCCUGUUCAUAUCAAACAGCAGGCUGAGAUGAGAGAGAAAAUGGCUGCUCUCAAAGAGAAGCGUCUGCUCAAUCAGAAACUGGGAAAAGUGAAGACACUUGGAAACGAUGAACCGUGGCUGGAUGACACAGCUGCAUGGGUAGAGAAGAGUCGCAAAAUGGCCAAGGAGAAGGAGUUGGCAGAAAAAAGGGCAAAGCUCCUAGAGGAGAUGGAUGAGGAGUUUGGUGUGAGCAAUCUGGUUGAGCAAGAGUUUAAGCAGGAAAAGAAGGAAUCAUACGGCUCGCGUGAUCUCAGAGGGCUCAAAGUUCAACACAAGAUGGAUUCUUUUAAAGAAGGAGAGUUAGUGAUCCUUACGCUUGAAGACAAAGGCGUUCUUGAAGAGAAGGAGGACGUGCUGGUGAAUGUGGGCCUUGUGGACAGAGAGAAAGCUGAGAAAAAUGUGGAACUCAAGAAGAAAAAACCUGAUUAUAAACCUUAUGAAGAAGAGGAGAGUGUUGAUGACAUGGUCAAUUUCAAGGAAAAGUCUGUGUUGUCCAAAUAUGACGAGGAGAUCGAGGGGGAGAAGAAAAAGAGCUUCAGGCUGAGUGCUGGAGGAUUUGUGGGGGGUGAGAGAGAGCGUGAGCUGCAGACCAUCAGAGAGAAUCUGCGCAGUCAAGCACACUCGCUGGACAUGCCUGCUCUCACCCUCGCCACCGAAUACUACACACCACAAGAGAUGGUCGGUUUCAAAAAGACCAAAUGCAAAGUCAAGAAAAUCAGAAAGAAGGAGAAAGCCCGCGGUGCUGAUGAUCUGUUGUUGGAUGACACUCGCAGCACAGAUUUCGGCUCCAGGUCGCGAGGUCGGGGCAGAAAAGAAGCAGAUGAAGAGGGGAAGACGCUGGAGAAUGUUGCUUUGGAAACCCCUAGCAGGGUGACUGAUGUACUGCUGCGGUCAGACGACAUUAGAAUGGCUGACAUGGAAAUAAGUGAAGAUGAGGACUUUGCUCUUCCUGAACAUGCUGCGAUGGAGGAAGAUGAAGCCGAGCAGGAGCUCCAGAAGCAGCUGGAAAAACAGAGGAAACUCAGACAGAAACUGAUGCUCAAAGACUCAGGCGAACGGGUGGCUGAGCACAUGAAUAGACUUGCAGCAGAUGCAGAUGAUGAAAACGACCCAGACAAAAAGAACAAUAUCGUCUUCAACGCCACUUCUGAGUUUUGCCGCACUCUUGGUGAUAUCCCCACUUACGGACUGUCGGGCAACCGAGAGGACCAGGAGGAAAUUAUGGACUUUGACAAGGUGGAAGAGAAAGAGGGAGCUGGAGAUUCAGACUCUGAUAUGGACGACAAUGUGGGUUGGAGCACCGUCAACCUGGACGAGGAGCAAAAACACAGUGAUUUAACGACAGCCUCUACAACCAUUCUUGAUGAAGAGCCCAUCGUGAAAUCUGGUCUCUCUGCAGCUCUGCUUCUGUGCAAGAACAAGGGCUUGCUAGAUACACAGAUGCAGAAGAUGGCUCGUGUCAAAGUUUCGAAACCAGCUCCAACUGAUGAUAACUACUGCAUUGAAGACAAGAUGAAUAUUGAUGACCCAAGCUCAUCAAAUAUGAUUCUCCAUCAGUUAUUUAAAUCAUCAAUUUCAGUCAGGGGAUUAGUUUAGUUCAAAGGAAAAUACGUAUAAUUAAAAUACGUCAUUAAGCAAACAUAUUUUACUGUUUCGGAUUGGCAGUAUAGUGAUAAAAAUCGACCUAAAUCUGGGCCCUCCUGGUGCCAUGUUUGGCUCUGUUCUUUUGAUGAUGGUAUCAAGAAACCAGGACAAACGGAAUGGUGGGGUAUAUGGGCCUUUUAAAUGAUCCCAACAAAAUAUCCAACACUCUGGCUAUGCCAGGUACUACACGUGUGGUGAUAAGAGGAUGCUUAUUGCACGUUUCCAAGACAUUAUUUUAUAAAUGCCGCAACUAAUAUCGCACCCAUGGACGGUACACGGAGCGGUUAUCUAACUGUGAGAUUUAGAUUUAAUUCAUUACAUUUAUAUAGCGCUAGUCUGGGAAUCCCCUUUAAAUCGAAGGGGAAAUCUCAUCAACCACCGCCAAUUUGCAGCUUCCACCUUGAUGAUGCGACAGCAGCCAUAUUGUAUGGAUAUUGUUACAUCCCCACUAGCUAAUGUGAUUUACUUGUUAUUUAUUUCACUUGUUAUCAGAAAUAAUCGACAGGGAUUGUUCUCUGCGGAUAUGUACAGGAAGUUUAGUUCAGCCACAAAAGUGUGCAUGCGCAGUAAUGUUGUUGCUUUGAAACGGUCUUUAGAGUUAUUUUCGCGUAAUCAUAUACUUGGCAACAUGCCAUUCCAAAUCAUGUCACUGUUCCUUUGUGAACACCAAAGGAGAAACGUUUGCCAAAGGUUUUUGUUGUCUUGUUUAUUUACAAUAAAAGUAAUUGGGUAGUCAAACGGACAUGGUUUGCUUUUAUUGGAAAA